AUGACGUCCAAACACCGGCCCAUGUUUGUCUUCUUGAUGGAGACAAAGGCAACCACUAAUAAAGUAGAAGAACUGCGUGUAAGUUUGGGUUUUGACGGCAAGAUUUGCGUGGAACGGACGGGCAUGAGCGGGGGUCUCGCUUUUCUAUGGCGAGAUGCGGCUGCGGCAUCUUUAAUUAGAUUCUCACAGAAUCAUAUUGACAUGAAAAUCACACUGCCCGGUAGACCGGCCUGGAGGCUCACCGGCUUUUACGGCGAACCUGAUCGGGCGAACAGACACGUCAUGUGGGAUCUUCUUCGGCAACUCAAGGACGACUCACCUCUACCGUGGGCGGUCGUUGGCGAUUUCAACGACAUUGCUUGUCAUUCGGAGAAACGAGGCAUACAUCCCCAUCCGGCUUCACUGAUCGAGGGCUUCAAUGAUGCGUUCGGCGAUUGUCAAUUAAUUGAUUUGGGAAUGAGUGGCGGCAGAUUUACUUGGGAGAAGGGUCGCGGCACCGAAGAAUGGGUGGAGGAACGAUUGGACAGGGCGGUGGCCACUACAGAAUGGAUGGAUAUGCACGAGGAUGUGGUCGUUCAUAAUCUUUUUGCCAGGUCUUCUGAUCACUGUGCCAUUAUGGUGAAAUUAGAUGCAGAACCUGUUCGCGCAGCACCCCGGGCUUUCAAAUUUGAGUCAGCCUGGCUAUUGGAGGAGGGUUGUGCUAAGGUUGUUGGCGAUGCUUGGCGAUUAUCCCGGGGAAUGGACUUUCAGUCCCGCAUUACCACAUGUGGCGAACACCUGAGAAGAUGGGGCGGUGACCACCAUCGGAGAUUUGGCGUCCGUAUUCAACAUCUGCGCCGAAUUCUGGUCAACUUGAAAGAGGAUCGUAACCCCCAAGGAAUUAUGAAUUUUCGGGAGGCAGAGGAUGAGCUGGAGGGUUUACUCAAAUCUGAAGAAGUUUUUUGGCGUCAAAGAUCCAAACAGCUUUGGCUCAAGCAUGGCGACGCAAACACAAAAUACUUCCAUAAAACCGCUACGGCACGCCGCAAACAGAACCAGCUACUGCGUUUACAAGAUCACAACGACAUAUGGCAAGAAGGCGAAGCAAUGCAUGCAGAAGUCCUGAGGUACUAUACUUCUAUUUUUAGCUCUAGUACUUGUAGCGUUGACCUCUUUCAUCGGGUUCGUGAACAGGUGACAGACGAGAUGCAUUCAUCUCUGAGACAACCAUUCACGAUCGCGGAAGUAAGAGCAGCUCUUUUUGACAUGGCACCUGAAAAAACCCCUGGCCCUGACGGUAUGUCACCGGCUUUUUUUCAGCAUUUCUGGCCGGUGGUCGGACAUGAUUUGGCUGUCUUUCUCAUCAAAUGUGUGGAAACUAAGAGUUUUCCCUUAGGUCUUAACGAUUCUAAUAUCGUAUUAAUCCCCAAGAAAUCUAAUCCGAUUAAGGUGUCAGAUUUGAGGCCGAUUGCCCUCUGUAAUGUCAUCUACAAAGUACUAGCUAAAAUGUUGGCAAAUAGAUUAAAAGGACAUCUGGAACACAUAGUGUCUCACUCUCAGAGUGCUUUUGUCCCGGACAGACUCCUAACAGACAAUAUUUUAGUGGCUGGCGAAAUUGGGCACUAUUUACGUAGAAAGACGGGGGGAAGUAUAGGGUGGGCUGCGCUAAAGCUUGAUAUGGCUAAGGCGUACGACAGGAUGGAAUGGUCCUUCUUAGAGGGAAUGAUGAGGGCGUUGGGGUUUGAAAAAGAUUGGACGGAUUUAUUAAUGCUAUGUGUCACUUCAGUGAACUACUCUAUUCUUGUGAAUGGAACGACCGUGGGUCAGGUCUGUCCCACUCGGGGUAUUAGACAAGGUGAUCCCUUGUCGCCCUAUUUAUUUAUACUUUGCGCGGAGGGCCUGUCUAUUCUUCUGCAACAGGCAGAAGAGCGGGGAGACAUUCAUGGGGUGAGGGUGGCUAGGGGUGUUCCGGCCAUCACUCAUCUGUUCUUUGCUGACGACAGCUUGCUCUUUUUCAGGGCCAAUCCACAGGAAGCCUCACGUGUUAAAAAUUGUCUUGAUCUAUAUUGCACGGCUUCGGGUCAGCUCAUAAACUUCGAUAAGUCCAGCGCAGUUUUUAGCCGUAAUACUCCGGUUCAGGCGCGAGAAUUGGUUUCUGAUCUCUUUGGUGUUCACGAGAAUGAGGACCUGGGUCGCUAUCUGGGUCUACCUUCUGUACUCGGGCGACACAAGGGGAAACUGGGCUUUAAGAAGUUGCAUCAGUUUAACAUUGCACUAUUGGCAAAGCAAGGUUGGCACCUAUUAACCCAACCUGAGUCCCUGGUAAGCAGAAUAAUGAAGGCAAAGUACUAUCCUAAAACGGACUUUAUGGAGGCACAAAUCGGGGGAAAUCCCAGCUUUUUGUGGCGCAGUAUUUUAGCCGGGAAACAGGUGCUGCAGUUGGGAAUAGCGAGACGAGUUGGUAAUAGCUUGCACACGCUGAUAUGGGGCUGGCCUUGGUUAUCAAGUUCGUCCACCACAUCCUUAUCUACACCUUGCAUUGAAGAACUCCGCCAUGCGACUGUUAAUGGUCUCCUUGACGCACACGGCCGAUGGGACGAGGAAGUAGUCCGGGACCUUUUCAACGAGGAGGAUGUCGCUAGAAUUUUUUCCACCCCAAUUAAUAUCAAUAUUCCGGAUUGCUGGAGAUGGGUAGGCGAUAUUCGUGGCCGAUACACGGUCCAACACGGCUAUCAACUUCUUAUGAACGAGACGACACUCUAUGAAACUGGGGGCACUUUUCAGGCAUGGGAUGCUCUUUGGACUCUACCAAUACCGCCCAAGGUAAAGAAUCUACUUUGGAGGUGCGCUAGAGGUAUUCUACCAGUACGCGACGCUCUAAGACAAAAGAGGGUGUGGAUCGGUGGAGGCUGCCCAAUUUGUGGUUUUCUGGUUGAGACGGUGAGUCAUCUGUUCUGUGAGUGUAGUUUCGCACUGGAGGUAUGGGAGCAGGUUGAUGUUCUAAGAGGGCUUGAUUUCCUCAACUAUUUGCAGCUUGUGAUCAGUAAUCCAUCGAGAACAGAGGCGACAAAGCAAGCAGCAGUAAUUUGGACAAUAUGGCAAGUUCGAAACGAUGUGGUCUGGCAUGAUAAAUCCCCUCCCUCUUUGGCGUCACGGAAUCGGGUUGUUGAACUUCAGUCUACCUGGAGCUCGACAUUUGGCAAGCGACGCAAUACCGCAGCGAGUUCAGUUGCACGACAUCUAUGGGCACCACCGCCAUCAAACGUCCUCAAGUGUAAUGUGGAUGCGGCCAUUUUCGAACACGGCGCAGGUUAUGGUGCAAUCAUCCAAGAUCACGAAGGAUGGUUUGUAGCUGCGUGUGGCGGUAGGUUGGGCAACGACCGCGAUCCUUUUGUGGCCGAAUCUUUGGCAGUCAUGACAACGUUGAACUGGUUGAGGGAGCAACAUUUUAAUAACAUUAUUCUCGAGUCGGAUUGUUUAAAUUUAUGUACUGCUUUUAAUUCCAACUGUAAUGAUUUUUCGUACAUAGGAUUGAUUGUAAAGCAAUGUCGUUCGAUUGCUAAGGACAUUGGGGUUUCUACUUUAUCCCAUGUUAGGAGAACAGCGAAUUGUGUAGCUCAUGCGUUAGCUCGGGCGACCGAUUCUAUGACUGGCUCCGGGAUGUGGCUUCAUGUGCCACCUGAUUGUAUUUCUGAUUUAUUAUGCAAUUAA